CGACGAACUCUUUCAUCGUAGAACCCAAAAAGAUCGCCGACCGGAUCGGGCGGCGGGCGCCGACGAGGAAUGGCCGGAGAUGGCGAGAAGCCGCUCAGGAGGAUCGCAGAGGCCUUCGAGGGCUUGGCUGAGAUCGCGAGCUCCAAGUUAACGCCCAUGGAGCUCGCCCCAUUAUCUCAAGCUAGCUCCCUUGUUUCCGUCCUCUUUGGUUGCCUAGGGUUUGCCUUCAAGUUCGCUGAGAUGGAUUAUGUCGCCAAGGUCGAUGAUCUAUUAGAGGCUUCAAAAUCUAUAUCUACAGUGCAAUCAAUGAUUGAUCUAGACAUACAGCAGAAUCGUGUAAGACAAGCUGGCAGUCAUACACGAAAUCUUCUGAGAGUGAAGCGUGGACUUGACAUGGUUAAAGUGCUAUUUGAGCAGAUCCUUGCAACAGAUGGAAAUUCCCUCAAGAACCCAGCAUCGGUUGCUUAUGCAAGGGUUUUUGCACCUCACCAUGGUUGGGCCAUCAGAAAAGCCGUUGCUGCAGGAAUGUACGCCCUUCCUACAAAAUCACAGCUCUUGAAGAAGCUAAAUGAAGAUGAAGCCUCUGCCAAGGUCCAGAUGCAGAAAUACAUAACAGCAUCCACACUAGUCAUUCCUUAUCUCGAAGAAGAGUUUCAGACAAGGGAAUUGGGUCUUGAUUGGUGAACGGCAAGCGGGACAACAUUGUCAUCGUCUUUCCCUAACCUGGUACUCACAAUUCAAUUCUUUCAGAGACACUACUGCACAUAGUCUUGUUCUAUAACAUGGUGCUAUAGAUUCCUGCGAGACAUUGUAUCCCUGAAUUUAAUUUAUUUGCAUCUGAGAAUGUUUUACUGUUUUGGUCACAAACUAUUCAUUAGACUCUAAAAAUGAAUGUUUUAUAAUUGUUGCUUAUGUGAUGCAAGAAACACUAUGCCACUCAUAUCAAUUUUGAUUUUA